UCAGACAGGGGUAAUCAGAGCUCCUGGAUUGACCUGCAUGCAUAUUCCAAAAGCGCUUAGCCUACUAAGCCUAAAUUGAACUGGCAGCUCUGGUGCAGUGCGAAGUAAGGUUCAUCCCAGAUUCAGUCCCGAUCCUAUAAGGCGUGGGGAUUAGAACACGAUUAGUUAUUUAAACAGCAAUGCAUAAACUGGAGUCUGUAGCGAUCUAAUUGUGACAUCACACAUAAAAACGAUAAGCGGAGAGCUAAGUAAACCUUUUACAUUUCCUGAGCAGCGCACACUAGGAACAUUACAGGGUAAUUCUCUUCUGAAAACGAGCACCGCCGCGCCCCUUAUAUAGGCCUAGUUAACCACCCUAUAUUGGCAAACGCCUAUAUUGCCAGCUACAGGGCAUCCGUAGCAUUACAUGCCAUUUACUAGCCUAAUGCGCCCAUGUUUUAAGGUAAUUAACUGAUUUAACAGAAACACCUGGGAUUCCGACCAUCACUUGGAGGGGAGGGAAAUUGAGCCCACAAACCGUGGAAAUUAUAACUUUCCUGAAGUAUAUCUGUUAAUAUAAGUAGGAUACCACUGGUAUGCACGAGCUGUUUUGUGCAUUGUGCCCUUUCUAAAAUAAUCAGUGUUAUCAGUUGCUGGGUGAUUAAAGCUAAAGCGAUUGUGUCCAGAGCAUUAAAAAGCCGAGCGCUGUAAGCUUUCGAACCCCCAGCUCGUUUGUUUGUCCUGGUUUCGGUUCGGGUCUUUUCGGCUUCCAAUGUCCCGCCUCCCGAGAGCCAGCUGGAGGCUCCAGUUAUCUUCAGGGCUCCAGGACACCGUCACAGGAUCCCCGAUAUCCAGCCCGACCCGCAGCCAUACCUCUAACGGCGCCGCCAGCUGGACGGGCAGAGGGGCGACCGGGGAGAAGAAGCGGGGCCGGGGGGCGCCGGACGCGCUGCAGCAGCAGGAGCUGCAGACAGAGAGACAGAAAGAUGUGGCCAGGCUGCAUGACGCACUGAGGCUGGAGCAGGAGAACCACAGACAUCUGCAGUCCCGGUGCAGCCAGCAGGCCUGGGAGCUGAAACGGAAGGAGCGGCAGAACGGCCGCCUGAAGGAGAGGCUGGCGCAGCUGCUCGACAGGCCGAGGGAGCGCAAGCGCUCGAUGGACAUGCUGAACGCCCCCCCCAGGCUGCUGGGAAAGAGCCCCCUCCCCAGGGACGCGAGGGCCGCAGAUAGGCGGACUGACCAGGAGGUUGCGCUGCGGGUCAUGCUGGAGAGGCAGGAGGUGGAGCUAAGGCAGGCUCUGACCCUGAGGCGUGACCUGUGUGACCUCCUACGCCUGCUGCGGACCCACAUGGAGCAGACCUUUCGAGACUCUCUGGUGGUGGUUGGAGUACCAGACUGUGAGAAGCUCCUCCAAUUAGAGGAGGCACUGGGUGAUCAUGUGACCGGGGGAGUGGUACAGGCAUGGGACAGGGUGCAAAGGCGAUUUGGGGAGCUGGUCUCACAAGCUCAGUCCUCCAGCAGCGCUGGAACCGACCAGGAGAAGCUCCUGGCUCAGCUGGAGUCUGACUUGGAGCAAAGCAGACAGCUGGUCCGGCUGCAGCAGCAGGUGCUGCAGGACAGCGUGAACCCCCCGUUACUGCCUACCCUGACCGACUCGUAUUACCUGGAGGAGUGGGAGAGGCUGCAGGCCAAGUGGGUGGAGCUUGAGGAUCAGAGGCGGAGCUUCCAGAGGGAGAGGCAGGCCUUCACAGAAGCAGCCAUCCGAUUGGGCCGUGAGCGGUGGCAGUUUGAGCAGCAGAAGGCCAUCCAUCUCGCACAGCAGAUCCUGUGCCACUCGCCCUGGGACCAGCCCACCCACGACAGGAGAGAGAGCAGCAUCAUCUCAGCUCAUAGGACCUACUCCGCCUCCCCCGCCGCCUCCCCCUCGCCCCGGGAGCCUGGCAUCGCGCCAUGGGCAGAGCACAGCCCGGCCCAGACGCCCAGCACCCCCGAGCUCUACUCCGCCCUGCGGCUGCCCUUUCACCCCAGGAGAUCCAGGGGCAGCCUGGUAGGCUCAGAGAGGCAGAGCCGCGAGAGGCAGAGCCGCGAGAGGCAGAGCCGCGAGAGGCAGAGCCGCGAGAGGCAGAGCCGCGAGAGGCAGAGCCGCGGCCACAGAUCCCUGGAGUGCUCUUUUUAGACUGUGUGUCUGUGUGUGUGUAAGGCAUUUCAGUUCCUAUUCUAAUAAAGAGGCUGACUUAUC